AUAACCCUAUUGAGUGUUUUUUAACUAAAUUAACAUGGCUCGAAUGAACCGCCCAGCUCCUGUGGAAAUCACUUACAAGAACAUGAGAUUUCUUAUUACACACAAUCCAACUAAUGCGACCCUAAACAAAUUUAUAGAGGAACUUAAGAAGUACGGAGUUACCACAGUAGUAAGAGUAUGUGAAGCAACUUACGACACUAGUCUUGUGGAGAAAGAAGGCAUCCAUGUUCUCGAUUGGCCUUUUGAUGAUGGCGCACCACCAUCUAACCAGAUUGUUGAUGAUUGGUUAAGUCUUGUGAAAAUUAAGUUUCGUGAAGACCCUGGUUGUUGUAUUGCUGUUCAUUGUGUUGCAGGCCUUGGGAGAGCUCCAGUGCUUGUCGCCCUAGCAUUAAUUGAAGGUGGAAUGAAAUACGAAGAUGCAGUACAGUUCAUAAGACACGGCGUGGAGCUUUUAACAGCAAGCAACUUUUGUAUUUGGAGAAGUAUCGUCCUAAAAUGCGGCUGCGCUUCAAAGACUCUAAUGGUCAUAGAAACAACUGUUGCAUUCAGUAAAACUGGGGUGCCUGAUGCCAUUGCUUGGAAGUGGAACCUAGACAGGACGGGAUUUGUCAUACAUGUUAGCCAGCAUGUUGGCUUGGUGAAGUCUGAUGAAGCUUCCAUAGGAGUGUUGAAACGCAGUUUUACCAGGCCACAAGCCUGGCAGAAUUGCACCCUCUGUUUGGGUUAUGAUCAACCUACUUGGACACUUAGCAAAGGAUUCUUGCUGUUCAGCAUUUAAAAUGUGCUUAUCGUUUGUACCAAUUGACUUUUCCUGAAAUCAUGCAGUAUGGAGUCAUUCAUGUCUUUAAAUGUGUUUCCAUGCCAGAUUCUUAUCAGUAUAUAAGAAAUUUAGAAAGACUAGGUGCCAAAAUACCCAGCACAAUUCUUGUUGUUUUUAGUAUCAUAUCGAACUAAAAUCCCAGGAACUAUGAAAACUCUGGACCUUAUGUGUUUUAUUCUUUCCAUCAUUUCAAACAUAGAAAGUAGGGCCUAUAAGGUUAUUUGAUCACAAUAUGUUUACAUCUUCCACAUUCAUACCAGUAUACAUCAGAUUUGCUCGUUUGUUUUUUUUUAAUUAACCAAGUCUUACCAGUGAUUAUUUAAUGUCUUUCUAUAAAUCUCAUUUUGUGCUGUCAUGGAAGACCUCCGUUUUGAAAAUCUACAUUGUACAGAAGCACAUGUCUUUAAUGUCUCCAGACAAAAAAGCCUUACAGUUAAUUUUAAUAUUUGCACUUUGGGGUGCAACUUACAGGGAGGGCCUGAAAAAAGGAAUGGGAGGGGGCUAUUAAGUAUUUUUAGUAAAAUGUUGCCUUUGUCUUGUGCAGAACAUGUAGAAUAUGCGCUUUAAUUUAGUAAAUAUUUUUUUAAAAGGUAGAAAUACUUUGUUAUGGUAGCUAAAACAAUUCUUAAUCAUAAAAUUUCUGAAAUUCUUGUAAUUUUUUUUCAAACUUAUCUGAAGUUGUUUACCAACUUAUUUUUGUUUGAAGUGUGAUUCCCAACCUUUCUUGCAAAAAACAAAAAAGUGGGUUUCUGCUAAUGAAUUGAGCAGACAUUUAAUAUUUUAUAUGCCUUUUGAGCUGUGUAACUUAAUAUUUGGAUACUUGACAAUUUGUUUUAUUAUGUGAUUGAUAAAAUGGUGAUGUGUAUUAAUGUCAGCUCAACCAUAUAUUUAUACUGUCCGGGAACAUGUGGUUAUAGUUCUGUGGGAGAAAUAAUUUGUCAGUGUUCACCAGCUUGUAAAAAUCUAGUGUGAGAGCUUAAACAUUAAAUAAAUGAUGAAAUGCA